AUGAGCUGCACCAUCGAGAAGGCGUUGGCGGACGCGAAGGCACUGGUGGAGCGGCUGAGGGAACACGACAACGCGGCCGAAGCUCUCAUCGAGCAGACAACAGCCCUCAACAAACGGGUCGAAGCCAUGAAACAGUACCAAGAAGAAAUCCAAGAGCUCAAUGAAGUAGCAAGACAUCGCCCUCGGUCUACGCUGGUGAUGGGUAUCCAGCAGGAAAACAGACAGAUCAGGGAAUUGCAACAGGAAAAUAAAGAGCUGCGCACGUCCCUGGAAGAGCAUCAGUCUGCCCUGGAACUCAUCAUGAGCAAGUACAGGGAACAGAUGUUCAGGUUGCUCAUGGCAAGCAAAAAGGAUGAUCCAAGUAUAAUAAUGAAGUUAAAAGAGCAACAUUCCAAGGAGCUGCAAGUGCAUGUGGACCAAAUCACAGAGAUGGCAGCAGUGAUGAGAAGAGCCAUUGAGAUCGAUGACAGACAGGGCUGCAAGGAGCAGGAACGCAUCACACAGCUGGAGCAAGAAAACAAAGGCUUGAGAGAAAUUCUUCAGAUAACUAGAGAAUCGUUUCUGAACCUGAAGAAAGAAGAUGCAUCAGAGAGCACCUCCCUGUCAGGAUUAGUGACAAGCAGUGACCUGAGCCUGAGGAAGAGCUAAGGACUGUGGGAGGCAGCAAGCUGCAAUUGCACACUUUACUAAUGGAAUAUCAGGGGUCACUGGUCAAGCAGUUGUUACUGAAUAGGGCACCAGCAAGGGAAUGUGUCAGGCUCCAGGUUAGUGGCUUUUAUCCUGGGUAAA